AUGUUCAAUACGACCGUCUACCCAAAUCCAUGUAGCUACCGCCACAACAGCUCCAGCCUUCACUGUUCAAAGAGACACCAGCCACAACCGGCGCUGGACCUCAACCCCCACAUUGGCACGAGAACUGGCACCGACUUUUGGAAAUGGACGCACAACGCCUUUCCAUCGUCAAAUACACCGACUUCUCAAUCGAUCCAGGCACCCUUCCCUUCCGCACAGCCAUAUCCAUACCCGCUCUGCCGUAGAUCUGCUUCGCACCUUCUGCCUCUGCCUGGCCAGACGCCCUGCUUCGCCCGCCCCCAUCUCCCCAGGCAUGCAUCCGCGGUAGUCGUCCCCCUCCCCAAAUUUCGAAACCCGCCAGGCUUUCUGUCUACCAUGUUGCAUGCUGCCGAUAUUCAGAACACGCAUCUGACUGCGCGCACUUUUAUUUUAACCCCCCCCAAGCCAGCCAUGGAGGCUCAGAUCGAAAAUGUUGUCGAUAUCUUGUCGAACCCCAGAUCCGACCAGUUCCUCCAAACGCAGGCCUUGGAGUAUCUGGGCCAGGUCCGAUCCGACCCCCAGGCAUGGCAAGCCUGCACCAACCUCUAUGUUCGGACAGCGCCCCGAGCCUCCGAACUUGUCCGCAUGACCUGUCUGGAAAUCAUCAACUAUGCCGUCUACAACCACGGCCUCGACCCCGAUAGCCUCAGCUAUCUCAAGCAGACGCUACUGGAAUAUGCUCGCCAAACCUAUGGUCCCGAAGCUCAGUACGAACCCGACCAACGUCAUAUCCAGAACAAGCUCACGCAGACCUUGACGUAUUUGUUCGUCUUCCUAUACCAGAAUGGAUGGCAGUCCUUCCUCGAGGACUUCCUUGCCCUCACUGGCAUUGCCAUUAACGUCAACAACGUCAACGGCACGCUCUUCUACCUCCGCAUCUUGUCUUCGAUCCACGACGAGAUCGCCGACAUGCUCCUCUCUCGCCAAAACAACGAAUCCAAGCGUAACACGGAACUCAAAGACCAGCUGAGAGCACAAGACAUGCAUCGCGUCGCUGAAUCAUGGAAGCAGCUCCUCGCUCGCUACAACGACAAUGACGCCGUCGUCGAGAUGGUCCUCAGAGUCAUCGGCAAGUGGGCUAGCUGGAUGGACAUUUCCCUCAUUAUCAGCCAAGAUAUGCUUAGCCUCAUCCUCCCUAUUGUCGGUCGGAACAAGAACGAGGGACGAAGCGACAAGGUCCGUGAUAUCGCCAUCGAGACACUUACCGAGAUCUGUGGCAAGAAGAUGCGCCCUGCCGACAAGAUGGAGAUGAUCUCCUUCCUCAGCCUCCAGAGUAUUGUCGGUCAGCUCGUGUCGAUGCCUCUGCUGAGCGAAUAUCGCGGGACUCACCAGUACGACACGGAUCUCGCCGAAGUCGUUGCCAAGCUUGUCAACAGUGCAGUCUCCGACAUCAUCCGAGCGCUCGAUGAUGCUCAGAUCACCGACGACACGCGAUCUCGGGCCAAACAACACCUCAACGACUUCCUUCCUCUGCUACUGCGCUUCUUCUCUGACGAAUACGACGAGGUCUGCUCUACUGUUAUCCCCGCUCUCACCGACCUCCUCACCUUUCUUCGCAAACUCGGACAGCUUCCCGACGAGUAUACCAGCAUGUUAGCUCCCAUUCUCGAUUCCAUUAUCCGCAAGAUGCGUUACGAUGAAACUUCGUCCUGGGGAAACGAAGACGAACAAACAGACGAGGCCGAAUUUGGAGAACUCCGAAAAAAACUUCAGAAUUUGCAAAAGACCAUUGCUGCCAUCAACGAGCCUCUCUACAUGGAUAUGCUUAGCAACCUGGUCGCCACAACCUUCCAGACCCUGGAUCAACGAGGGUCCGAGGUGGAUUGGAGAGAUUUGGAUCUGGCUCUGCACGAGAUGUACCUCUUUGGAGAACUUGCAUUACCAAACCACGGUCCCGGUACCAAGAACCAACCCUCCAGCGAAGCCUCCGAACGUCUCAUGGUCAUGGUAACAAAAAUGGUCGAGUCUGGCAUUGCCAACUUCUCGCAUCCCGCUAUCUUACUUCAAUACAUGGAGAUUUGUGUCCGAUAUAGUGCUGUCUUCGAUACCAACACGCAGUACAUUCCGCAGGUGCUGGAAAAUUUCGUUCGCCUAGUGCACCACGAGCAUGUGCGCCUCAAGACCCGUUCGUGGUACCUCUUUCACCGAUUCAUCAAGCAGCUUCGAGGACGAGUUGGAAACGUCGCUGAAACCGUUAUUCAGUCUAUCGGAGACCUGCUACCCAUCAAGGCCGAGGUUCCGGGGGAAGAUGCGGACGAUGACAUGUCAUCAGACGAAUCUGAUCACUCUGCUGAUGCUCUCUUCAUCAGCCAACUGUAUCUCUUCGAAGCCAUCGGAUGUAUUUCGUCUACUUCCAGCACCCCUAUUGAAAAGCAGGCACUAUACGUUCGAUCAGUGAUGGAGCCUCUUUUCCAAGACAUGGAAGUGCAUCUGCCUCGUGCCAAGUCUGGCGAUGCUCAGGCUAACGUUCAAAUCCAUCACAUUGUCAUGGCUCUCGGUACGCUAGCACACGGCUUCUCUGACUGGACGCCAGGGUCUACAAGCAAAGAGCACACCCCGCCGGACAAGCUGGUGGCAGCCGAAUUUUCACGAGCUGCAGAGGCCAUCCUCAUUGCGCUGAGCCAACUCAAUUCUUCCAGCGAGAUUAGAACAGCCUGCCGUUCGUCAUUCUCCAAGCUUCUAGGCGUUCUGGGCGCUGCGGUGCUCCCCCAACUCCCUCAAUGGAUCGAUGGACUGCUCUCCCAGAGCUCGUCCAAAGAUGAGAUGGCCAUGUUCUUGCGUCUUCUCGAUCAAGUCGUGUUCGGCUUCAAGGCAGAGAUUUACGAUGUCCUCAAUGUCUUGCUGACACCGCUUCUCCAGAGAAUCUUUACUGGACUGACAGAGCCGAUUCAUGGAACAGACGACGAGAUUCAGCUUGCAGAACUUCGACGGGAGUACCUUUCCUUUAUCCAAAUCAUCCUCAACAAUGGGCUUGAGGGCGUUUUGAUCAGCGAAGCCAACCAAGGGUACUUUGAGUCCCUGAUUUCCUCUGUCAUAGAGCUGGGAAAGACACUGGAAGGCAAUCUAGGACCCUCCCGGCUCGCGUUCACCAUCCUGCUACGCAUCUCCUCCGUCUGGGGUGGCCCUGACGUGGCUACCAUCUCGCACAACCCCACUGCCCCGACUGGCUCGGCCAGCCCUGUCAUCCCCGGGUUUGAUCACUUUAUGAUUGAUCGUUUCCACAAUGCGUGCUGGGAGGUGUUGCGGAAUCCCAACUUCCGCCCUGCUCAGGACGCACAGACGAAGCAAAUUCUGGUGGAAAUUGCUAGCCUAGAGCAACUCAUCUACACCAAGACUGGCGACGCUUUUAUCCGGAACCUACAGAAUGGAGUUUUCCCCAGUCUGGGUAUCAAUGGAGACGAAUUUUUGCGGUCACUUACUACGUCAAUCGACAAGAAGCAAUUUCCUUCGUACCUCCAGGGCCUGCUUAAGAGUCGCCAAUAA